UUCAUUCUCUAAAAUGUCAAAAACAAACGGUUAUCAUCGUCACGAAACUGUUAUCGACAUUGGAAAACCUAUAAGCUUUACAGGAGGACUCGAAUUCUCCGGUCUAACUUAUACGGUGACUAAGAAGAAGAAAACUGAUGGAAAAUGGCUGAGCCAAGAUGUUGAUUUGUUGCAUGAAAUUACGGGGUAUGCACCGAAAGGUUGCAUCACCGCGGUUAUGGGUCCGAGUGGUGCGGGAAAAUCGACUAUGCUAGAUGGGUUAGCAGGUCGUAUUGCUAGUGGAAGCCUUAAGGGUAGAGUAUCAUUUGAUGGAACGGAAAUUAGUCCGAGUUUGAUUAAGAGAACUUCUGCUUAUAUUAUGCAAGAUGAUCGGCUUUUUCCUAUGCUUACGGUUUAUGAAACCUUGAUGUUUGCUGCUGAUUUUCGGUUAGGUCCUAUUUCUAGAGAUGAUAAAAAACAGCGAGUCGAGAAGCUCAUCGACCAACUCGGCUUAUCGUCUUCGCGAAAUACCUACAUAGGAGAUGAAGGUAUGCGAGGGGUAUCAGGCGGUGAGCGUCGUAGAGUUUCGAUCGGUGUAGAUAUAAUUCACGGACCGUCUUUACUCUUUCUCGACGAGCCAACUUCAGGUCUCGACUCAACUAAUGCUCAUAGUGUGAUUGAAAAGGUGCACAACAUUGCAAGAUCAGGAAGUACAGUCAUACUCACAAUUCAUCAACCAUCAUCAAGAAUCUUGUUACUUCUUGACCAUCUCAUCAUCCUAGCUCGAGGCCAGCUCAUGUUUCAAGGCUCGCCGAAAGAUGUGACUCUCCAUCUUAGUCGAAUGGGGCGGAAACUUCCGAAAGGCGAAAAUUCGAUAGAGUAUCUAAUCGAUGUGAUUCAAGGGUAUGAUCAAUCUGAACAUGGAGUUGAGGCAUUGGCCGAAUUUGCCCUAACCGGAAUGAAACCUCCAAAGUUAAGUGACGAUCAGGAAUUGUCCGCGAUAUCGACAAUUGCACCGACGCCACCACCAUCGCGUCGGGGCAGGAGACAGAGGGAAGGUUCGGGGAUUAGGAGAGACGGUCGGAGCCGACUUUCUUUGCAAACAAGUACACAUGAAGCUAAUGAGUUAAACCCUAGUUUGAGAAGCCCUCCUUCGUAUUGGAGUGGUGGUGGUGGUGUGGUGCAAACUCUCAGAUAUACACCUUCUAGCCAAAGGCCUGACCAGCCAAUGAAAAAUUCAAUGAGUUUCUCUCCAGGCUACUACACAUAUUCAAGUGAUAUUCUACCAAGCACGCCAACACCUCACAGCAGUGACUACACAGUGAACGAAAAUGACUAUUUAACCCCUAAUCUUCCUCCAAACAACAUGUCUUAUCAUCUUAAUCCCAAAUUCUCCAAUUCAUUCUUCUCCGAAACAUUGAUUCUAAUCCGCAGAAAUUUCAAAAAUAUCCGAAGAACCCCUGAACUUUUCCUUUCUAGGCUUAUGGUCCUCACAAUUAUGGGACUCAUGAUGGCUACAAUGUUCAUGAACCCUAAAGACAAUUCUCAAGGAAUCACUAAUCGAAUCUCUUUCUUCAUUUUCACAGUUUGUCUCUUUUUCUUCUCGUCCAAUGACGCCGUUCCGGCUUUUAUUCAAGAACGCCUAAUUUUCAUCCGCGAAACUUCGCAUAACGCUUAUCGAGCUUCUUCUUACACUAUUUCUGGUGUAAUCACUUAUCUUCCUUUUCUUGCACUACAAGCUACCGUCUAUGCAGCCAUUGUUUGGAAAGCCCUAGAACUCCGCGGACCGUUCUAUUAUUUCCUACUUGUUCUCUACGUUUCACUUAUUUCUACAAACUCGUUCGUCGUGUUCGUUAGCGCGAUUGUUCCGAAUUACAUUUUGGGUUAUGCAGCAGUUAUCGCAUUUACGGCAUUGUUUUUCUUGUUUUGUGGAUAUUUUUUGAACACUCAUGAAAUGCCCAUAUAUUGGAAAUGGAUGAACACGAUUUCUACAAUGUCGUAUCCUUAUGAAGGGCUUUUGAUGAAUCAGUAUCAAACUUCAGAUGUUUUCGGGUUUAAUGGCGAUCAACCAAUAAGUGGCAACACGAUCUUGAAAUCGCUCAACAUUAGUACGGAUGAAUUCAAGAAAUGGGAGAAGGUGAUUGUAUUGUUGGGAUGGGCAGUUUUUUACAGGAUACUUUUUUAUAUUAUUCUUCGAUUCUUCUCUAAGAACCAGAGGUCGUAGAAGGGAAUGAUCGCAUCGAAGGGAAUUCGGGGUAUAUUAUUAGUCUAUGUUGGAUUUUUUUUUUGUUGAAUUUCUUGUUUGACAAUGGAU